CCCGCCUGACUGACGCCGGCUGGAGCUGCUCGCUCGCUCGCUCCCUCGUUCGCUCGCUCGGUGCUGCUGCUGCUGCUGCUUCUUCCUCUGGCCAGUGGAGCCUUGUCCAAAGGGGAAAAGGGGAGCAGCCCCUGGGAAAGCCAAGGCAGCAGGAAGGAAGGAGGCCAGAGCCACCCCCGCCCCUGUCUGCCUACAGAUUUCCUAUAUAUUUGAAGACACUGAAGACAAAAUACAUUUCCAGCAAUAUCCAAGAUAUGUUAGGAAGAGACUAAUUUUUUAAAGACAGCUACUCUCUCAAUACCAAGAUUCAAGUCCUGUUUUUUUAAAAAAGGAAAAAGAGGGAGAGAAAGAAUACCUGGGACUCACUCUGCAAUCAUAAUAUAACCUCAAAUUCAUAUGCACCCCAGCACUCCUAUCAGUUCUUUGUUCUCCUUCACCAGCCCAGCUGUGAAAAGACUGCUGGGCUGGAAGCAAGGAGAUGAAGAGGAAAAGUGGGCAGAAAAAGCUGUUGACUCCUUAGUGAAGAAGCUGAAGAAAAAAAAGGGUGCUAUGGAAGAACUAGAGAGGGCACUGAGCUGUCCUGGGCAGCCCAGUAAGUGUGUGACAAUCCCGCGCUCUUUGGAUGGAAGACUGCAAGUAUCUCAUCGCAAAGGUCUGCCUCAUGUCAUUUACUGCCGGGUGUGGCGUUGGCCUGAUCUGCAAUCUCACCAUGAAUUGAAACCACUGGAAUGUUGUGAGUUUCCAUUUGGCUCAAAGCAGAAGGAAGUGUGUAUUAAUCCUUACCAUUAUCGCCGCGUGGAAACCCCAGUUUUACCUCCAGUGCUGGUUCCAAGACAUAGUGAAUUCAACCCACACCUCAGUCUCCUUGCCAAAUUCCGAAACACAUCCCUUCACAGUGAGCCACUGAUGCCACAUAAUGCUACCUACCCAGAAUCUUUUGAGCAAAACCCUUGUACCCCUUUCCCAGCAUCACCCAACAUGUUCUCUCAGUCACCUAACAGUAUGAGCUAUCCUGAUUCCCCAGGAAGUUCUUCUGCACCAGGAAGUCCUUACCAACUCACAGUUGAAACACCACCUCCACCUUACAAUGCAAGAGAAACAUCAGCAAAUCACAAUGGACGACUUGUACACUCAGUUGCAGACAGUCAGUUACUUCUGUCAUUGCCCAAUGGAGGUAAAUCUGCCGAUGAGGAACCUGAAAACUUCCGGCCUGUUUGCUAUGAGGAACCGCAGCACUGGUGUUCAGUGGCAUACUAUGAACUCAAUAAUCGAGUAGGAGAGACUUUUCAGGCCUCUUCUCGAAGUAUACUUAUAGAUGGCUUUACAGAUCCUUCCAACAAUAAGAACAGGUUCUGCCUUGGACUACUGUCUAAUGUAAAUAGGAAUUCUACUAUAGAAAACACUAGGAGACACAUUGGAAAGGGUGUUCAUCUCUAUUAUGUUGGAGGAGAAGUAUAUGCAGAGUGUGUGAGCGACAGCAGCAUUUUUGUACAGAGCCGCAACUGUAACUAUCAGCAUGGUUUCCACCCGGCCACUGUUUGUAAGAUUCCCAGCGGCUGCAGCUUGAAGAUUUUCAACAACCAGCUCUUUGCCCAAUUGCUUGCCCAGUCGGUUAACCAUGGAUUUGAGGUGGUGUAUGAGCUAACCAAGAUGUGUACUAUUCGGAUGAGCUUUGUUAAAGGCUGGGGAGCAGAAUAUCACCGUCAGGACGUUACAAGUACUCCAUGCUGGAUUGAGAUCCAUCUGCAUGGACCAUUGCAGUGGUUAGAUAAGGUGUUGACACAAAUGGGUUCCCCUCAUAAUCCAAUUUCCUCUGUUUCCUAAAAAUCAUCUCCACAGACUACCAAUAGGAUGAAUAAUAUUGCAGGUCAUGGCUUGUGGAAUUCUCACAUUGGUGCCAACCUGAAUUUCUGUAUGUAGCUGUAAAUAUAUGAAUGUAUAUAGUGUAUUAUCAGUGGAGUUUUUUCAUGUUGUUAUUACAUGUUUACUAGUUAAUAUGAUGGAAGCAUGUUGCAUUGUGUUCUGUGUAGUGACAAAGCUAUAGAAAUUUGGGUUUUGCAGGCCUGUUUCUUGGUACGGAAUAAUACAAAUGUUUGUACUCUGCAACACAUCAUCUAAAUAAAGCUAAGUUGUAUACCGCUUGUAUACAAUUUGAGAAAUAAGUAAAUUGGCAUGUAAAAUUAUAAGAAAUGUCAUGCUAUAUGAGAUAAACAUCUAGUCAACAUUCUGUUUCUUCAGAGCAGUUCAUGCUUCUGGAACCUCUGAAGCAAAGUGUAAUGACUUUGGCUGUCUCCCAUUUUGUCUUUGGCCUCCCUCCAUUUUGUCUUUGAUAUAUGCUGCUCAGCACAGGAGUAUAUUGCUUCUGAUCACAAAGGUUACAUUUAGCUGUUAUAGAUAAGAUCGCAUUUACAAGCCUGUUUGCUGUUGAACCACUGAACGGCUUUUCCUGCUGUUUGGGGGAUGGGAAGGUAAUUUUCUGGAGGGAAAGUAAUGAAUAGCAAUGAAGCCCCUCCUUUGAACCACUAGAAUUCAUACUGAUUCUUCAUGCUUCACACAUACUCGUCAUUUCUGAGAUUUCCUAAGAAAAAAUAACACCAUCUCUUGAAGAAAAGACUGUUGGUGCAUCACAUUCCUAGUCCACUUAAGUUUGCUUCUUGCCUCUGUGAGUGCUGCUCAUUGCAAAGCCAACAAUUCAUUCUUGUUUACAAGGAAAUCUUGUAGCAUCUUUAAGACUGAUAGAAAGAAGUUAGUGGUAUAAACUUCCAUAAACUUUGUAGCAUAAACUUUCAUGCUUCAUCUUCGGAUGGUUAUGUCUUUGAAUACAAGUUUAUUCUUGCUUUUGGGUCGCCAUCUGGAUGGUUCUGAUCAAAUCUUGUCCUUUUAGUGAUGUUGACAGCCCCCUCCCUGAGCUGUUAGUCUAAAAACAAAAGCUCUGCUGAGAAAUUCUGUCAUGGACUACAGAAGAUGGAAGCAACCAAUUUAAAGAGAGUGGGGUUAAGGUUUAGCAUCAUCAUCCACAAUUUGUUUCUAAGAGCAGUACUUAAUGAAAACAAGACAAAAUAAAGUCCUAUUCCAUUUUCAUUCUAUGAAGGAAAAAACUGAGUUAUCAGUGGGUAAAAUUUGCCCAUGUUGCAUGGAUUUUUGCUGCAGCUGUUGAAGUUUGACAACUACUGGACAACUGCUUAAAAGAUAUAGCAGGAAGGAGCCCUCACAAAACAUUUUUGGGCAGCUAUACUAAACCUGUUCUUUGUUACCCAGCUGAUAGUUCUGUUAUCAUCAUCAAAUCUCAUCACCAGAGACUUCAUUAAAAUAUUUUUCAUUUUUCUUUAAAUAAAUGCUUAUUUUUAGAAAUAACAAAAAUAACUACUUAAGCAUUGUUGUUGUGUGCCUUCAAGUCUUU